AUGUGCCACUUUCAGGUCUCCUCACACUGCUGGUGUGUUCCAUUUUUUUGUCAUAGGGUGCUGGCAGAUUACGGGCCUCCCAUUGCUGCUGCCAGGCCCCUAAUCUGCCAUGGGCCCCUGUACCGCCUCCUCAUGCUGCUGCCAGGUCCACAGUCUCUCAUGGGUCCCUGUACGGCCUCCCAUUGCUGCUGUCUCCAUCGCCACACUCUGCCAUGUGCCACUUUCAGGUCUCCUCACACUGCUGGUGUGUUCCAUUUUUUGUCAUAGGGUGCUGGCAGAUUACGGGCCUCCCAUUGCUGCUGCCAGGCCCCUAAUCUGCCAUGGGCCCCUGUACCGCC